UUACAACGCUGAAAUCGAUCGCGGUAAAAAGAAAUAUAAUUUUGAUUAUUUAUUUUCCUGCCAGGAAAGUAAUGCCUCUUUUUGAAUAUUAAUCUAUCACGUGAUACCGAUUGCCAAAUUUAGGCUAGUAAACAAAUAUGGCGUCAAGAAAGCGAGGUAGACCAUUUGGUACUCAAUUGACCUUAUCUGAAAGAAAAGAGCGUAAAAGGAAGUCGGAAAGAGAAAGAAGCAGAGAGAAGAUUUAUAUAGGGGAACAUUCUGAGCGAUGGAACAGAUUAAAGGACCAGCUGAAGUUUACAUUCAACUUUGAAUUGGCGGGGUUUCUGCUUGAUAGGUAUGAUCAAAGCCAGCCGACAGUUAAACAUGUAGCCUCUUCAACCCCUAUGCAUUGCCAGGCAGGUACAUCAAGGCUUUUUAAAGAACAGUUCAUGCAGCCAAUCAUGUCUGAUAUUUCUGCAGCAGAAUCAGGAAAUGCAGCCUCUGAUACAGGGGUUUCAGGUGUUGAGGAACUUGAACCAGGUCCAUCAAGCAGUAAAAAAAGCAAAGGAACAUUUAAGUAUGCCUCAUCAUUCCUGAACCCAUCAGAAUUAAGUAUCGACAUUACGGAGGAAUCUGAUGCCUUGGAAGGAAGUGAUGAUGAAACAUACUACCCGAGUUUCAACAUAUCAAUUGGACCACGAGAUGUUACAGGCAUUGAGGACUGUCCAUGUGAAGAGGCAGUGUUCCCAAGAGAAGAUGAUGACGAAGAGGAGGUUGACAAGGAAGAAGCAGAAAUUGGUCCGUUAAUAUGCAGAGUUCUAUGUCCUGAUGAUUUUGACCAGCUUUUAGACAGUCAUACUGCCCUCGUAUAUCUGCAGCAACUGAAAGCCCUAGCUAUGAAGAAGGUAGACCCAUUGUGCAAGGUCAAGGGAUGUGGUGGAGUUCUUGACAUUGGGAUAAAGAAUAUAGGCUCUGCAGUGUAUUUAAAAUGGAUAUGUCCAAACUCUCAUGUAGCGGAAACAUGGUGCUCCCAGCCAGUCUUUAACCGAGGGUUACAUGGUGGAGACCUGCUUAUUUCCUCUGCCAUUUUAUUUUCUGGAAAUAAUUUCAACAAAAUUGAAUUAUUUGCCAGAUUUCUUCAUAUGGGCUUUCCAAGUCAGUCCUCCUUCACCAAGCUUCAGAGGAAAUAUUUGGUGCCUGCUGUUGAUGACCUUUGGGAGGAAAAGCAGGGAGAAAUGACAGCAGAGAUGGCAGACAAAGAUCUUGUACUUCUUGGAGAUGGCAGGAUGGAUAGUCCAGGACACUGUGCUCAGUAUUGCACUUACACUUUCAUGGAGAAUGACAGCAAGAAAAUCAUAUCUGUCAAAACAAUGGACAAAAGAGAAACUGAGCGAAAAAGUGCAAACCUGGAGAAAUUAGGCUUCAUUAGAGGAAUGCAAGAUGUCCGCGAGAGAGGGUUACAAGUAAAAGAAGUUGUGACAGAUGCCCACCUCCAGAUAGGUGCCAUGAUGAAAAAAGACUACAAAGAAGUUAAACAUAGUCAUGAUAUAUGGCAUGCUGCGAAGAACCUUGGCAAAAAGCUGAUUGCAGCUGGGCAAGGUAAAAACUGCAGAGAGCUUCAAAAGUGGUCCAAGGACAUUGUAAACCAGUUCUGGUAUACAUGUAAAAUUGCAAAUGACUUGGAUGAGUUCGUGGGAAUAUGGGCAGGUGUUCUCCACCAUGUUGUUGGGAAACAUGAAUGGUUUUUGCCAUACAGCGAUGCUGGACCAAGCUCCUGCAGACACGAUCCCAUCAGUGAGGAUACAAUGCGGGACAAAGAGUGGAUGAAGAAAGGCAGCCCACCCCACGAGGCACUCAGAAAAAUUGUCCUUGACAAACGAUUUCUUCACAAUAUCCCAUACUAUCUUAAUUUCAGAAGUACAGCUGAGCUGGAGAGCUACCAUAACCACAUGCUAAUGUACUCCUCCAAGAGGUAUGCUUAUACCCCACCAGUGUACAGAGCAAGGAGUAUUUUGGCUGCUUUGGAUUUUAAUGAAAAUGUGAACAGGGAGCCAAUAAUGAAUAGAGAUGGGACAAUCAGACUGCAGAGGACGUACAAUAAGAAGUCUGGGCGAUGGUCGGUGUACCCAGUGAAGGAAAGAAAGAAGUAUGGUCAUGUGUCCAUUCUUUUACAAAAGGUCCUUGAAAAACGAGUUGCAGACAGAGAGGGAUUUCAUGGACGACUUGAAUUAGAAGAAGAUGACCCAAGAAGAAUUUCCAAGACGAUUGCCCCUAUCAUACCACCGCCUUCAAUUCAACUGGCUGAGGAAAAGAAAUCAAGAUUUGAAAACUAACUAUUGAUUCAAAAUGGGGGGGGGGGUUAUACCGUUUCUUCCUUAUUUGUAUGUCAGUCUGUCCACAAAAAAUUUCUGUCAUAUUUUCCUCAGCAACUAGUAAUUGCAGAUGCUUGAAAAAUUUAACACUCUUUAUUUAGGUGAUAUGCCAUAUGAUGGGUAUUUCAUUUUUGUAUAAAUCGGGCAUUAAUUUCCUGUUAAAAGAUAACUUAAAUUUCAUACUAGUAAAUUUUUUGAAAGAAUUCUCUCAAAUUGAAUAUUUUAACACACACUCUGUUUAGGUCUGUCAUAUAAUGGAACUCAUUUUUACACAAAUGCAAUAUCAAUUCCAUGUCAAUUUAACUGUUGACUGCUUAUUUUGAAUUAUUCUUACCAGAACUGUUAUAUCACCAGUGGGCAUUGAUUUACAGGUAUCUUGUUCACUUUGGAAAUUGUCUGUACUAUUAUUUGUAAUUAUGAUAUAUAUUGACAUUAAUUUGUAAUUCAUAGUUGUUAUGGUUAAGAAUGUCAAGAGAGUUACUAAAAUCAUAAAAAGAAAGUAACAAAUCAAAUGAAUUUUGUUUGAUUUACUCAUAGACAAUGUGAUAUGUAGAUAAUUUCUUAAGGAGCAUCCGUCACUUC